AUGGAGGCCGACUGGGAUGAGCUGGCACGCAUUCCAAUGCCGCCGCCGAGUCCGCAUGGACUUCCUACAGUUGCGACGGCGGUGGCAUUUGAUGAUGUGAUGGAACUUUUGUGGACGGGAAACGAAUAUGGCAGAAUAUCGUCUUUCUGCGGACCCGAUUUGCAACGGUAUACCUCUGUACGAGCACACCCAGUCUCGGAGGGUAUGGUGCGGCAGAUUCUUUUCCAUGAACGUGGUGUAAUCUCGCUGUCCUCAAAGAGUGUGCAUAUGAUCACGCGCCGUGGCCUGACGCAAUGGCAUCUCGCGCACGAGGAGAUGGUUGAUCUUCGUUGCAUGAGCUUUACGGCGCAGACGAAUCGGAUUCUUGUGGCAGGCUGCCAGCGUGUGAUGUUCACGGUUGAUAUUGAUAAAGGCACAAUCGUGGAGAAAUUGGAUACCGAUCAUAAUUAUACCCUCAUGAAGAAGAGCCGUUAUCUGUGCGCGGCUACGGAUACCGGAUCGGUGAACGCGCUCAGCCUAACGGACUUCAAGGUCGUCAAGUCAUGGAAGGCCCAUGGGACUGCUGUGAAUGACAUGGAUGCGCGCAAUGACUUGCUGGUCACCUGUGGCUUUUCUGUCCGCCAUCUCGGCUCCCCCAUCGUCGAUCCCCUGGCCAAUGUGUAUGACUUGAAGACAUUAUCGCCAUUACCCCCGAUACCAUUCCACGCAGGCGCAGCAUAUGUCCGCAUGCACCCUAAACUCCAUACGACCAGUUUUGUCGCUUCACAGACUGGCCAACUUCAGGUGGUGGAUCUUAUGAAUCCGAAUGCGAUCAAUCUUCGACAAGCCAAUGUAUCCCUGAUGCUAGGGCUUGAUCUUUCCCCAUCGGGGGAAGCGCUGGCCAUUAAUGAUGCUGAAUGUUCCAUUCAUCUCUGGGGAUCCCCGGCUAAGAUCCACUUCAAUGAGAUGAGCAAAGAGACCGAGUUCGCAGAUGUACCGACACGGCCACCACCAAUUGACUGGUCUCCUGAAACGCCACUCAAUAUGGUCGGACUUCCAUACUAUCACGACCGUCUCUAUUCUGCAUGGCCGAGUCAUCUUGUGUUCGAGGUCGGCAGCCCACCACCUCAAUUAGAUCAGUCGCUGCUUCCGUAUCUACGCCAGGCAGAGGUCGGCCAUCACGCACCAAACCCUAGAAAGUCUCGCCGUUAUCAACUUGAAAAUACACGUGCUUUGGCGACAGCCGAGCCGUCCCUUAUUGCUCCAAAGUUCCUGAGCGAGAAAGCUCGGGAUCAGAGCAAGUCGGAUUCCAAAGGCUCCGUUAGUGACGCAGCCGAGGCAUUGGCUGGCGCGAAGAUCAACGGUGAGAGUGAUGAUGACCCAUUGCUCAAGUACAGUAACGUGGAGAUCAAGUAUAGCCGAUUCGGUGUCGAUGAUUUUGAUUUUCGAUUUUAUAACAAGACCACAUUUUCCGGCCUCGAAACCCACAUUGCCAACUCGUUUACAAAUUCUCUUCUUCAGCUCUUCAAGUUUGUUCCUCUAUUUCGAAAUCUUGCUUUGACUCAUGCCGCUGGAUCUUGUAUUUUCGAACACUGUCUUCUGUGCGAAUUAGGCUACCUGUUCGACAUGCUAGAGAAAGCCAAUGGCCAGAACUGCCAAGCUACCAAUUUGUUAAAGACAUUUAGCAGUUUCCGAGAAGCGUCUAACCUGGGUCUUUUGGAAGAGAACCUGACCAACAAAUCCCUCUCGACGGCCAUUCAGGCUGUAAAUCGCUUCUUCUUAACGCAGAUCGCACACGACUUUCGCAUGAUUCAACCUAGUUCCGAAGAACUAGACCAACGUCUUGCCACUAUCGCCUCUGAGUCUAUUCGGUGUAUGUUCUGCCAGAAUGAGACCGUGCGACCGGGCAACUCCCUCGCCAACGAACUUUUGUAUCCCAAUUUGGAUAUGAAGCAUGCGCGACGCAACCCGGCCUUCCGAUUCUCAAGCAUCUUACGUGCGAGCAUUGAGCGUGAGACACAGAACCGAGGAUGGUGCAAUUAUUGUCGCCGAUACCAGCAAGUGAUGAUACGGAAAACUGUCCAUCGUAUGCCCCUUGUUCUCGUGCUUAAUGCGGCGUUGACAAAUCCUAUCUGCCGCCGAUUGUGGGCAAUUCCUGGAUGGCUACCCGAAGCGGUUGGCGUGGUCAUCGACAACGGGCAGGUCCUGUGUUUUGAAGGCGAGGAUCUCAAGUUACACGAACAGAAUAAUACCCCUGGCCUUGUAGUGUAUGAUCUAGUCGGCCUGGUAUCGGAAAUUGAUAUUCCCGAGCACCAGAAGCCGCAUUUGGUCUCUUUUAUCAAUGUCUCUAUUUCUGAGAAAGAGAAGCAGGGACUAAACAAUAGGUGGCAUCUGUUCAACGACUUUCUAGUGACAGAGGUGGAUCAAGAUGAAGCUCUGCGGUUUACACAGCCUUGGAAGCAGCCUUGUGUCUUGGCUUUUCAAGUUAGGGAUGCUCGCCACUCGGUCGACGAUUCAUGGAAGAAUUCUCUCGAUACGACACUACUGUUCCGCGAGUGGUCUCUGAAUGGCGGCCAUCAAGUGGAAUCAUGCCGCACCCUCACCGAAGAAGAGAAGCCGCAACCUGGAACACCUCUGGCGCUCGACACCGAAUUCGUCGACCUCGAAAAGGCCGAGAUUGACGUUAAAGCAGACGGAUCGCAGGAGAUCGUGCGGCCCAAUAAGAGCGGUCUUGCGCGAGUUUCCGUUUUGCGAGGCUCAGGGGUUCACGAGGGCGUUCCGUUCAUCGACGACUAUAUUACCAUUCGAGAGCCGAUCGUUGACUAUGUCACCCAAUACUCCGGCAUCAAACCUGGAGAUCUGGACCCUCGCACCAGCGAUCAUAACCUGGUUCCCCUCAAGGCCGCCUACAAAAAGCUCUGGCUCCUUCUGAACCUCGGCUGCGUAUUCGUGGGGCAUGGUCUGGCCUCUGAUUUCCGCAAAAUCAACAUCCAAGUCCCGAAGUCUCAGACUGUGGAUACCCAAUACCUUUUCUUUCACCCUGGUAAGAACCGCCGUCUUAGCUUGCGUUAUCUUGCUUGGGCCGUUUUCAAGGAGUUCAUCCAGGAAGAGCCCACUACGGAAAUUGUCCAUGGCCACGAUUCCAUUGAAGAUGCCCGAAUGGCGCUGCGUCUCUGGAAAAAAUUCCAAGAAUACGAAGAUGCAGGCAUUGUUGCUCAAAUUCUAGAAGAAAUCUUCCGUGAAGGCUCGAAGCUAGGCUUCCGACCUCCUCCCAAGAACGGAGGAACUGCUGCCGUGCUCUCCCGCCCCGGCACUGCAGUCACGAUGCAGAACAACAGCGGCCGAAAUACUCCUAGUACUCCUAAUGCGAGUGGAGACGCUGCUGCUGCCGUAUCGACCGUUUCAACUAGUGCGGCUGUGACAACGCCUGGACCUACAAGCGCCCCUACAACUCCCCGCCAGGCUUUCCGGCGAUCAAUCGCCUUGACACCGAGCAAUGGUACUUUCUCUGGCCCCGGCGCGGGAGACUUUUUUGGAGGCAGCCCAUUGCGAUAG